AUGUCUAAAUCACUGUUGGAUAAGGGUAAACAAACCUCUGGUAUUGAACAUGUCACCAUGACCUGGGAGAACGUGACAGUCGUUUCGAAGGCCGGAAGAAAUAUUCUGGAUGGUGUGAGUGGGAUCGCAUUACCCGGAGAGACGCUGGCUUUGAUGGGAGCAAGGUGAUUUACUCUUUUCACCGGAUUAGACAAGUUUUUGGACUAUGUUUACACUAUCCAUAACAUUAUCUAACAUAAUUUUUGUAGUGGUGCCGGAAAGACGACCUUGCUGAACACGUUGUUACAGAGAAAUCUGAAGGGUUUGGAUGUGACUGGCAACAUCUUAUGCAAUGGUCAUAGUCUUGGGAAACGGGUUACUUGUGUUUCUUCCUAUAUCCAACAAGAGGAUUUGUUUGUGGGAACAUUGACGGUCAGGGAACAUCUGAUGAUCCAAGCGAUGCUGAAGAUCCCCCAUUCGACGGCUGAAGAGAGAAGGGCUCGAGUUGAAGAGGUAAAAUUCUUUGUUUUAUAUUAGACAUGAUGUAAAGUCAUCAUUUUUCAAAUAUAGAAUUUGUUUUCAGGUUCUACUUGAACUAGGGCUCAAGGACAGUGAGAACUCUCGGAUUGGGAUCAGCGGGAUUAAGAAGGGAAUUUCGGGAGGGGAAGCGAAACGUUUGGCCUUUGCCGGAGAACUCUUGGCCAAUCCGGCCAUUUUGUUCUGUGACGAGCCGACUACUGGACUGGACUCGUUCAUGGCGGCUCAGGUGGUUACUGUAGGUGCUAGCUGUGAUGUCAGUUACCGGUUUUGUAGACUCUGCAUCAUCUGGCCAGAAAUGGAAUGAAAACAAUCAUCUGCACAAUUCAUUCGCCCGCGGCUGAAGUUUUUGAAAAAUUUGAUAAGGUAAGUAAAGGUUCAAAAUAUGUUUCAGGUAGGUCAAAUGGGAUGAAGUGAUCUAUCGAAUUGGGCGGAUAGGCUAAAAAAAUUUAUGGACCUUUUUAUAUUGUGCAUGUGCUGAUCUAAUCCUUGGAAUAAAACUUUGGAUUUUCAGGUAAUGUUCCUGGCCGGUGGUCGAGUAGCCUAUCUUGGGACUCCAGAAGGGUCUUAUCAAUACUUUGCGAACAAAAAUUUUAUUGUGAUUCCUCCAAAUUGUAAUGCCGCCGAUGUCAUCAUCCAUCGACUGGCGGUGAAUCCCGCGAAAAGAGAGGAAUCGAAGGCUUCGAUCAAGAGGAUUUGUGAUAAUGUGAGCGUUUUUUUGGUAUAGCUGGGAUCAAAAAUUUGAUCUGAAAUAGUUAAAAAGCAUGAAAUAAUGUCUUAUGCCAUGUGUAACUUAAUAAUGUUUGUUUUUUCAGUACCUGAAGAGUGAUAACUAUCAGAGCAUCAAAGAUGAGAUUGAGGGAAACAACGCUUCACAUCCAAGGCCAUUGAAAGGAAGAGAAUCAGUCUCAAUUUUUAUGCUUUUAUUCGCUUUAUGGAGAAGAACGACCAAAGAUGUGUUCAGGAAUCCGGCAUUGGCCAGGGCCAAGCUCUUCCAGAAAUGUUUCAUGGGUGUCUUCUUGGGACUACUUUACCUUAAUGGCGAGUUGAAUCAGGUUAGCACUGCUUUAAGAGUUUUUUUUUCUCAUAGUAUAUCUAGUACAAUAUAGUGAUGAUUCGACUUUUAGGAUGGGGUAAUGUCUAUGAAAGGGGCCUUGUUCUACUACAUCGCCGAGUUGACUUAUUCCACUAUCUUUGGAAUUCAAUCAUUUGUCCCGAAGGCGUUCCCGUUGUUGGCCAGAGAAUAUCAUGACGGUGUAUAUCCAGUUUGGUGCUAUUAUGUCUCAAUGGUAUGAGUUAGGCUAAUUUUUUUGAGCUUGGUGGACUGUAUGUCACCUUUUAUUUCUUUGAUAUCAAUUGCAGAUCUUCGCCUACCUUCCUCUGUUCACAAUCGAUGGAAUUAUCAUGGUCACCAUCAGCUAUUGGAUGAUGGGACUUCAGAAGAAAAUUACAGUUUUUUUGACUGCGUUGCUUACGACAAUAUUGAUUGAAUGGUCCGCUGUGAGCAUUGGGAUCGCUGUGAGUGCUGCCGCGCCUUCCUACGCCUUCGCUGUCUCUGUUUCUGGACCUUUAUUAACGGUCUUCUCACUUACCGGAGGAUUAUACACAAACGUCGCCAAGAUGCAUGAAUUCGUUAGAUGGGUACAGUAUCUGAGCUGGUAAGUGCGAGGAAACUGUUUGAGUUUGAUACUCUUGAUUUAGUUUUUGGGUAACUUUUUAUAUUAUUUCAGGUUCCGAUUUGGAUACGAAUCUCUGAUCAUAAAUCAAUGGAAAGAUAUCGAUAGAAUCUCUUGUACGGGCUUUGAUGGAAAGAAUGUCAGCUAUUGCGAGUCUGACGGUCCCACGAUCAUUCAUAACCUCAACUUUGAAGAGAAGAACAUCUACUUCAACCAUAUCUGCAUGUUCUUUUAUAUCAUUGGGGUCUAUAUGAUCGGCUAUAUUGGGCUGACUAUCAAAGUCAUUGUCAAUAGAUAA